CUAUGAGCAAUCAAAUGUGACGGAACGAGGGUCCUCCGAACUUUGCCACAAAAAAUGGCAACCUCCAUGCUGUGCAGGAGGACAGCAAUAUUUAGCUGGGCUAUUCGAAGGGUUUCACCCUUAAAAUCGUAUAAUCCUGCCAGCUCACACUGCGGGCUUCUACAUCAGAUAGUAAAUUAUAACCCUAAACCACUGAAAUUAAAUUUGAAAGAUCCAUACAUACCAGAUAGGGAAAGCGAGAAAACUCCGGAAUGGCAGAAGACAGCGAAGUAUGACCGCAAGUUAUUCGGGCGGUAUGGCUCUUCGUCGGGAAUCGACCCUGCAAAGCUGUGGCCCAGCCAUGCCCAGCUCGAGGAGAUGAUAGCAGAGGAGAGGGAAUGGAACCCUCCGCUCCAGGUGAUGCUGAAGAACGUCGAGGCGAAAACGAAGGAAGCCAAUGCGAAACGUCUCGCGAGAGAGAAACUGGUUGCAGCCAAUAUGGCCAAGAUGCCUAAGAUGGUGGCUGACUGGAGGAAGGAAAAACGGGAGGCGAAACAGAAGUUGAAAGAUGAGAAGGCCCGUCGUGAAAGGCUGCUAGCUGAGGCCAGAGAACGCUUUGGCUAUGCUAUGGACCCCCGAAGCCCCAAGUUCCUGGAAAUGGUGAGUGAAAUUGAAAAGGAGGAGAAGAAGAAAAGAAAGCUGAUGAAACGUAGACUAAAAGAAGAACAGAGCCAUGUCCCUCCUGCUGCUUCCUCGGGCUGAUUCCUCGUCAUAAGGCACCGACUUUGUAAAUAUGACUAUUUAGUCAACUUUGUAAAUGUAUUGUUGUCAACUGUUUUGAGUUUGCCUGCUAUAAUAAAUAAAACGCACCAGAACUA